AGCAGCUACACCGCCACGCAGCUUGUCAGGCUUUCCAUCGUAACUUUCCUGCGCAUCGUUCUCUCGAUAAACUUCGGUUGAUUUUCCCGCGCAACCCCUUCAACUCGAGUUCAUUAUUCGCACGUGGUCAAGUCAGCCAAAACACCGUCUAUCGUUCCAGUGAAAUAAACGAAUAUUCUGAAAAACGACGAUUCAAGGGUCAUCUGAUUUUGUUUUGGCUCCUACAAAGAUUCCGCAAGUAAUCAACCGCCUUGAACAAAUUACUGAACGCAUUCGUUAAAAGGUCGAAAUAUGAUAAAUCGUAAAAGUGGUUCGAAUAAACGAUAAAACGCAGGACUAUAGAGAUUUAUGAAUUGAUUAAGGUUGAAACGUGAUAUAGUGACGUUUGAAACAUUGGGAUUAGAAAGUAGAAAAACACGGUCGUAUUGCGGAAAGAGAGAAGAGGAGAGAGAGGGUGAGAGAGAAAGAGAGAGUGUGAUGGGUUUCGACGUUUGAACACUCUGUGUCAAUUGUGUGUUAGAAUUACUUCUUCUCUUUUUGUUUUAUUGCUUUUCUUCAUAAAGUACAAUCGAAGGUUUUUAUUUUUGGGAGUGCAAGCACAAAAUAUUUUGACGAUUGAAGCUGACGCUAGAGAGAAUCGAACGAUUCCUCGACGAAACAAUGAUGAAAGUGCCGGGUUGCAUCGAUUCGACGUCUCGAUAGUUUUCGAGCAUUUUGCACCGUGGACCGGGAACUGGAAUUCGCAUGUCGAUCUCGCCCGUCAGAUAACCCAGGAAGACGUCUAUUCUUUUUUUGUGACAACGUUAUCGUCCAUUCAGAUCCAACGGUGUAAAAUUUCAUAUCUGCUCGCAAAAGAAUUUUUCAAGGUACUAUGUGGAUACUCAGGUGAUAGAUCGGAUAAUGGGUGGAUAAUAACCAUUCUACAGCUUUAGAUUCACUCUGGAAUUUCAUUAUACACUCACAGCGUUUAAUGUAACCGCUAACAGAAGCCUCGUGGAAUGUAAAACCGAGGUACCAAGCUCUUAGGUCACCGCACACGAUUCUGAUUAACUCUCGAAGCCAAACUAUUCGAGCAAAAACCUUGGAAGAAGCAAACGGUGCACCCGCGUAUCAGCGAUUAACGCUGGCAAGCGUCCCAGGGUACAAAGAACUUGGCAAGAGGCAUCGCCCUUUCCCCGUCGGGAAGAUGAAGGCUAGCCUGGUACGUCGGCUCGUUGGCACGUCCGUGACCUAAGGCCACCCGUCGAGUCUCUUCCGGCCAGAAGAAGAAGGAACAAGGUCAAGGGAAAACGUACGGUUUCGUGCGGCGGUCGAGUAUGACGACGAUCGUGACGAGCUCCGAGUCGACGGAGGUGGUGUCCUCGAUGGACGUGACGACCAUCUUGAACGCCAUCUCGACUGAGGACAACCAAUUCGCGAACAGCAGCUACUCGAACUAUCAAAAGUGGUCCGUACCUAUAACGAUCGCAAAAGGCUGCGUCUUAGGCUCCAUCAUCGUAACCGCGGUAUUUGGCAACCUGCUGGUGAUGGUGUCCGUGAUGCGGCACCGGAAGCUACGAAUUAUUACCAACUACUUCGUAGUUUCGUUAGCCUUGGCCGACAUGUUAGUUGCGAUGUUCGCCAUGACGUUCAACGCGAGCGUUCAAAUAACCGGCAAAUGGAUGUUCAGCUAUUUCAUGUGUGAUGUCUGGAAUUCGUUGGACGUGUACUUUAGCACCAGUUCCAUCCUCCAUUUGAUGUGCAUCUCGGUCGAUCGUUACUGGGCGAUCGUCAAGCCGCUCAAAUACCCUAUCAUCAUGACCAAGAGGCUAGCUGCUUACAUGCUGCUCGCUUGUUGGAUUAUGCCCGCGUUCAUCUCGUUCAUGCCUAUCUUUAUGGGCUGGUAUACCACAGAAGAGAACAAUAUGCAUCGACAGAAGCAUCCUGAAUUAUGCGAGUUCAAAGUGAACAAGGUGUACGUAAUAUUCUCGUCGAGUAUCUCGUUCUGGAUACCAUGCACUAUUAUGACCCUUACAUACUUCGCCGUCUUCAAGGAGGCGAGUAGGCAAGAAAAACAGAUGCACAGCCGUAUGGGCAACGUGAUGCUGUUGAGUCACAGGCCGAGUAAAGAUUUGAAUAAUUUGAACGGGGAACUAAAUAGUGCUGGUUCCUCAAAGACGCUGACAUUGAACGAGAUCAGCACCGAUCAUCUGCAUACUCCCACCAAAGAUAAGAAUAUCAUGAAGAUGAAAAGAGAGCACAAGGCUGCCAGAACGUUAGGCAUCAUCAUGGGUACCUUCAUAAUUUGCUGGUUGCCGUUCUUCUUGUGGUACGUUAUUACGACACUGUGCGGAAAAUCCUGCCCAUGUCCCGAUAUCGUUAUCGCAAUACUUUUCUGGAUCGGGUACACAAACUCAGCAUUGAACCCGCUGAUCUACGCGUAUUUCAAUCGCGACUUCCGAGAAGCGUUCAAAAAUACGCUGCAGUGCGCGUUCUGUUCGCUCUGCAGACGAGAGCCGUCCGACCUCGAGGCGCUCGAUUUCCGUCGGCCGUCCCUAAGGUAUGACGACCGCACUAAGAGCAUAUACUCGGAGACGUACAUAAAGCACAUCGACCGACGAAGAUCGAGCGAGUACGGUAGCAGCCUCUGAGAGGAGAGCGAGUUUAUACUGUGAACUGCAUCCGUAAUGGAAAACAAAAAGAAGAAAACAAAAAGACACGCAUAGAUACGUACACACCCACCUAAUUAUACAUCCGCAUUGUCGCCUACACAUGCAACAAAUAAAACGACGCGUAUAAUCGUCGACUAUAUACGUAACGUGUAGCCUGCAUCGAGAGAUUCUUCGCCAUCUUGCCAACAAUUCACGGAAGACGAAUCUCAUCAAGUAACUCGCGUUUUUAAACAUAUUUGGUUACCUCGCGUGCUUACGGUUUCAACACAGUGCUCGUAUAUUAAAUCAUGUGCAUUUUGGAUUGCUUGGUAAUGGAUAAAAGACUUUUCAAAGGUUUGCUUUAAGCCCGGUGCACGCAUGUUUAUUCAGUCAGUUGAAGAAACAUUUAAAGAUAUAUUCACAAAAGAGACAUUUGUAUGUAAUAAAUCUGGCAAGGAUUAUGGGAAUGGAUGAUCAAAAACAUGAAUCAAACACGGUCAAUCAGCAAUUAGCAAUGGUGCAUAUACACCGCCGGCCAUAAGUAUUAAGACAUCAACUGAUAUUUUCUAAAUAUUUUGUUAUAGAUCUAUUAUUUUAUUCAUAUUAUAUGUGCCCUCUAAUAUAAAGUAGAAUAAUAUUUGAUAGAGCUUUUCAAUAGAUAUACUGACAUAGGUGUCCUAUAUAUAGUAAUUAAUAUUAUUAUAACGGAUAUUUGUGGCUGGCAGUAUAUAUUAUCAUUUUUAAACCUUAAAGUUUCCUAUGAAACUAUUUAUUGAAACGUUAACAUAUUUAUAUUUUAGCCACAUCUUAGGUUCCAUUAUUUUCUAAUUUACCUCAAAAUUUGUCAUAUAUGAGAAUAUGCCGAAGCCAUGCAGAAAAUAGUAGUCAGUUCCUUCGAAAGAGUCACAAUAACACAAAUACCGUUUGAAACAUCGAAACCUCAAAACUUCCUAAAAAAGUAAUGAUAGAGGAAGAAACUAAAUUCAAAUAUUUAUCACGCCAGAAAGGAGACAUUAUUAUACAAGACGGCUGAAGAAACCGGUAGCACGCGUGGCCAGAGAACACAGAGACACGAAGAUCAUAUACCAUCGCGAAACGAUCACAGAGAUGCACACUGAGGGCAGAUAGACGCGCAGGAAACGCGUAGGUCACAUCGCAUUGCCAAUACUAUCGAUACUAUUGUACUUUUAAGCGACAUUCUCGCGAAAAGAAAGGCACGCGUUUCACGCUGGAAUCGAUCGAUCGAUAGAUCAGGGAACGAUCUUGGAGAAACUUACAAGAAACCAUGUUUUGAAAGGCAUGCAAGAAAGAAAGAACGAAGAUUUUCUUCAAAAAGAUGUCUUGUCGAUUCGUUAAGCUCCUCAAGACACCUUCGCCUAAUUUUUUUUUCAAUUCUUAAAAAAACUCUGUGUCGUAUUGGGUGGCCAAGUGUGCUGUUCGAUUCGUAGAUAACUCGAGUUCCACUUGAAAUUGUUUGUCAAUAUGAUUGAAGAAGUUACAAGAAAGAUAAAUUAUAAAGAAUAAUGAAUUAUCGAAGCUUCGAAGCAAGUAAAUGUUUAUUAAUGUAAUGGAUUUGAUUGGCAGCUCGAGAGUUAAUAUGUAAUAUAUUUAGAUAACCAAUGAAGUCGACUACGCGGUUUUAUAACCAUUUAUUCGAAGACAAAGUGAAUAGAAUCGUUUUUAAUAGUGAGAACUCGCUGUGCCUGAUGUUAGGCGGUCGAUAAUGAGAUUCAAGGUUCGAUGUUAAGUAAUAGUCGACUUUAGUGUCGUUUCUGACCUAUAUUCGAAGAAAAGACAAAAGAAAUGAACAGUGUAGUCUUUGUUAUUUUUAAUGCAAUUAGUAUUAUUGCUCACCGAUAAUGUUAUUACAUGACACGUUGCAUGACAUGAUCCCGACGUUUCAACGGUAUUGCGUAUUUUCUUUUUCUUAAAAGAAAAUUAUGAUGUGAUAUAUAAUUCCAAAGUGAUCAUCGUUAUUGUUAUCGUUAUUGUUUGAUUAGUGCUAUUCAUCGUCGAAAAGCUAUUUAUUUUGUUGUUUACGCUUUGGAAAGGCGCCGUGUCUUAAAAUCGUUGGUAGUAGAUGAUCGAGAUAAUGUUGGUAACCGAUAACAUCAGAAAAAUUGUUUUUUAAUUCUUUUCUGUAUUUUAUUGUAUAUUUUAUCGUUCAUUGUUGUUAUGUGAUUUUAUGUAGAGAAUUUAUAACAUGUUGCGAAGAUUUUUAUAGAUUUUGUGAUAUUUUUAUUUUUUCUUCAUUUUAUAGUUGAAAUAUGUCUUCCUUCGAAGAAAGUAUAAUGGCUGCUUUUAAAAUUAAAAUGCAAUACAGAAAUAAUUAUAGCUCGUUAAACUUUCCCGUCGAUUAUUUAUUUAAUCUUAUUCGAAAAAAAUAUUGACCUGUUUAAUUAUGUGUAUAUUGGACUUAACAAUCAAAUUUCUGCAAUAGCAUCUGUAUAAUCGGACCAUGAAUGCAAUUCGUUUUAAUGUUAGUUCAAAUAACGAAUAUUUAUGUACAAAAAAUAUAUAUUUUUUAUCGUCGCAAAUUUUAUUUGAAUAUUAAGUAUUAUGUAGAUAAUUAAUUAGAUGAUGUGAUUAUAGUCUUUGUUUUUCUGUCAGGAGUAUUUAUUUAUUUUUCUUGUACGGUUAAUAAUAUUUGUUUAGCUCCUAGUCAUCUAAAAAAUAGCAACAGCACAAUUUUACAAUUAUAUUAAACUAUCAAAAUAUUCACACAUUCAAAAAUAAUAAAAUUUCCAUUCGGCGAAUCUAACGAUUUAUGUUUCAAGACGUUUAGGAUAAAACAUGAAUAGGAUUUAAAAGAUUAGUAAUAAUAAUAAACAUAUGACCAUCUAUUGGUAAAUCAAAGCAGCGAAAUCCUAUAAACGUUUAAUAAAACUCUAAAUAUUUAAUAAAAGGCAAACAAAUUACGCUUUAUCCAGAAUAAAUUCACCAAUAACAUAAUACCAUUUCAAUUCGAACAUUUUGAUAUUAUAAAACAUUAAUAUUUAACUCUCUGUGAUCAAUAUUUCCUGUUGAUUUUAAAAGAAUAAGAGUUUAUCAAUAUCUAAAUAGAUCAAAUCGUUAUGUCAUAAACAUUCGAAUCUUAAUAAAAUUUUCGUUUCUCGAAAUUUUCGAGAAGAAUGGCCCAACUUUUACGCAGGACGUAAAACGAGUCACAAAUCAAUUAAAAAGCCAUUCCCUGUUGUGGACUGAAUAGUUCACACUGUAAAUUAGCGAAGGCACCCUGAAAUCCCCACGCGAAAUUCUGCAUCUACGCCAUUUCGAUGUACCGAAAAACAGUUUGAAUAAGAAAUCUUGAACGAUUAAAUUGAUAGUAAAGUGUGCCAUUUAAUCGAUAGAAAAAGGUCGAUUUGAAAUUAUCGAAAGCUCGUACUAACAUAAUCAAAGGAGCUUUUAAAAAUAAAGAUAAAGUCGAGAGAUAUUGUACAAUGCAAUAACUUUUUUUAUUAGAGUAUGGUUAGGUAAGAUUUCAUUAUAUUUUAAUUCGUCGAUGUGCGUGUCCUUUAGUUGUUAAUUAAUAUUAACUCAUUGUCAGUGGAAUAUUUCGUUUAAUUUAUGCUUCGUUAAUAGUCACGUCGAUUGAUCAGCAAUAAAUCAAAGUCUGAUAAUCUUAUCUAUGAUAUUGUAUGACUUUUUUUUUUUUAAUUUUGAUUCAUCGUUUCUCUGUGAUAGAAUUCGCGUAUUAACGUCCGCUGUAAAUAAUUUGUAAAUAUAUGUACAUCGUUUCAGUAACGCGAUAAUCGAUAGCCAGAAAAAAGUUUUUCUCUCAUAUAAACGACUAGUGUUUAGUUUGUAAAAAAGAUGGGCUACGUGUCAACAAUUGCAUAUGUAAAAUAAAUCAGCGAUGAACAAUGUGUCGGAAGAAAAUUCUGUAUCUAAUAUUAAUUCGCGAAUUUAGUACGUUGAGAUGCGUUUUCGUUUAUUUUUUGUUAUGGAGUUAAUGCUCCAGGUAUGAUUAUUUCUCAAUUGUAAGAUCGCGAGAUAAUUUAAUUUUAUUUCGUGUAUGAAUUUAUAAUAAGUUGUCGUUUUUUUAUAAUGUUUCGAUGUAUUUAGAAAACUUUGUUACUUUGCUUCUUGUUAGUUUUGUUAAUCUUGGAAACAAUUAAAGUUAAUAAAAAGAAGCAGGAAAUUUAUCAGAAUAUUUAAUAUUUAAUUUUAAUUUAAUAUUAUAUAAUAUUUAAAUAUUUGCGUUAUGAACGAAGUUUCAAUUUGUUUUAUUAAGUACUUUUAAUUUGAUAAUCUACAUGCUCAUGUUGCAUUUUUUGUAAAUUUUGAUGACCAUUUGUUUCUAAAAUAUCUGCAAGGUUUAAUAUUAAAGAAAAAUUUGCUGCAUACCUAUGCAUACAUAUCUCACAUGUACGUGAAAUCAUUUUUAGUGAAGAAAAGAAGAAAUGUGUUCUGAAAAAAUACGUUCUGGAACCUUUUUAUAGUUUCAUAUUCAUUUUUUGUAUUAGCCUGCCAAAAAUAAAACUUGAUUAUAUUUCAACUGUCAAA